ACCGAUUUACUUAGUUGUUUUUAAACACGGUUUUUUGGUGGAACACGUGCGCGCGCGUAAAAGGAAUCACUAGCUGCUUUAGAAUCACCGGAAUCACAGCCAGGAUGCAGAACAACUUCCUCCCACUAAACACACGGCGGUUUCAGCAGCGGGCGCAGGUGGAGACACCGGAUACAGUCUACUGGGACCGAUUGGCGAAACCGGAGCUUCUCAAGGAGCACAACACCAUCGACUAUCUCGACUUCAGCCCCUGUGACCCAGACAACUUUGUGCUGACCUGCUCGGUGCGCGUGCAGAUCUUCAAUUUGGUGACCAAGCUGGUGGUCAAGAAUCUCUCGCGUUUCCAGAAGACCGCCUACGGGGCCACUUUCCGGCAGGAUGGCCGGCUGCUGGCCGCCGGCGACGAAGAGGGCCACGUCAAGCUGUUCGACACCACCAGCAGGAACAUACUGCGUCUGUUCAAGGGACACACGGCACCGGUACAUCGCACCUUCUUCACGGCGGACAAGCUGCAGCUGGCUAGUUUCGGCGAUGACAAGGCCGUUCGUCUGUGGGACGUGGCCAACGAAAAGGUGGUGCAGACGUACGAGGACUCGCACACGGACUACAUUCGUGCCGGAGCCAUGCAUCCGCAGGCGGGGCACAUGUUCGUCUCCGGCGGGUACGAUGGCAAAAUCAAUCUGUACGAUACGCGAGCAGAGACGGCCGUGCAGCGCACCUUGGAUCACGGAGCUCCGGUGGAGUCCAUGCUAUUCCUGCCCAACGGCUCCAUCUUCGUCAGCGCCGGCGGCAGCCAGGUGCGCGUUUGGGAUCUAAUCAGUGGCUGCCGGCUGCUCACCAUGAUGUCGCAGCACCACAAAACAGUGACCUGUCUGCGGCUGGGCUCCGAUGGCCGGCGGCUGUUCUCCGGCGGCCUGGACCGGCAUGUCAAGAUCUACGAUGUGAGCACCUACAAGACGGUGCACACGUUGACAUACCCCAAUGCGGUGGUCAGCAUGGCUGUGGCCAGCGGAGAUCAGGCCGUGGUGGCCGGCAUGGUGGAUGGUCUGGUCUCCAUUCGUCGCAUGAUGGUGGACAGCACGCCCAGUCACUUGAAGAAGAUUAGUGCGGAUCGAGGGCGCAGGCAUGGCAAAGGUCUAAUGCAUCCAAACAACACCCAGACGGUGGAUCACACCAUCAAGGAGCGAGUCAAGGGACAGGGACUCAAGAAAUUCGACGUGCUUCUGCGUAAGUUUUGCCACAAGAAGGCUCUCGACGAUGUGAUGGCGGCGCAGAGGACACAGAAGAAGCCAGAGCUGGUGGUGGCGGUCAUCAAUGACCUGCUGCAUCGCAAAUCUCUGUACAGAGCCCUCACCGAUCGACCUGAUGAAGUGCUCGUGCAGUUCAUAGACUUUGUCUGCAAUUAUUUGGGUGAGGCGCGCUUCAUGCGUACGCUGAUGAUGGCAGCCAGCACGAUCCUGGACGUCUUCGAGCGGCAACUGGUGGCCUACAGCCAGCAGCUGAUGGAGGCUCUGGAACGGCUAUCCUCCGCCGUCCAGGAGGAGGUGAAGCUAACCGCCGAGCUGAUGCAGCUCAAGGGCGCCAUGGACAUGCUCAUUGGCGUCUCGAUGGACUGCGGGGAGGUGGCUCACAAACCCACCUACGUGGAGACCAAGGCACCCAAGAUGCAGCCCUCCCCGGCGGCGGAGAAGUACGUGGUCUUAGUGGAGUGACCUCGAACCUGACCAUCGCCGUUCAACGAUCUGGGCGGAUAGUCUAGCAUUAGUCUAACUUUAUUUAAUAUAGGCAUCGAGGAGGAAAAUUAUCUUAAGGAGCAGAAGCUUUAGUUAAUAUUCCUGAAAGUGUUAAUGGUUAAUUUUUUUCUACAAUUUAAGAAAUACAUAUUUCUAUUAAAAAACUCUGUUAAAAAUGUGUGUUGUUUUUAAGGAAUCGGAAUUUGCCACCAGAAAAUACUUUAAGAACACCUUGAAAAGAACCCCAAAAUUCACA